AGCGAGGAGGGAAGUUAACGCUGCCAACAACGCCAGGACACGGCUUUUCUCCAAACCAAAUAAACUAGUGAAGGCGAGGGUAAGAAUACAUGCCGCUGCGAAUCACGAAAUAUAUCUUUCUUUGAGCGGAAGUGUCUGGAAUUGGACUAAGUAAGAAGACUACAGUGGACUGUAAGAACAACAAGCUGCGGUGACACUCGCCCGAGCGACCGCAUUUGAAAAGACGCACAGGCAACCACAACGAGACUCUGAAUUUGUGCGGAAAGGUGCACCCGGUGAAAAAAGACCUCACUUUGGCGCGUUGGCAUCUGAAUUGCAAGUUCUCUAAUGCCAUGUAGAAGCCGUGUCAGUGGAAAGCCGGGGUUUUUGGGUCAAGAGAUGAGCAAAAAGAUAUAAGCAUACAGUAUCAGUCUGAGUCCACAGUUAGUGGUGAGUUACGGAGGCAUUUUAAUUACUCAUCGCUGGACUCUUAUUAAUCUGAGUUUAGAAGUUUUAUUGAAGGCAAAGACGGGCAGCUCAUAGUUACGCUACUCAGAAUUUCUUGUUUUCCGUGGAUGUAUGCAUGUGAAUCUUAUGUGGGAUGCUGUCUUGAGCAGAUCAGAGGGCAGGGACAAAACAGAAUGCCACCAGAGCUAUAAACGGCACAGUGAAGAACCGACACAUCGUGCUAGACCAGAAGUGUGAAGAAAAGAAAAUUGGUGUCAGCAGAGGAAAGCUGAAUUGCUUUAGGUUUAUAAGCAUAAUUCGAAGUCCAGAGUGAGGAGGAACUGCGGUUCAAAGUCCCUCGUUGAUUUUAUUCCGUGUUCCAUUAAUUUCCGAAAGCAUCCUGGGAUCAGCGUCUCUUGACUGUAUGCGCCUUGCAUGCGCUCAGACAAUCAGCGACUGAAAAACUGUUCUCUCAACAUAUGUGUAUAUGCAUAUACAAUAACAAAACAUUGAAAACUGGACUGCACCGGCAUUUUUCUCAUGUCUCCGAGGCUGGAAAACAAAGAUCAUUAGUGUCGCGCAUCGGAGUGGCUUAGCAUUACGCAGUGGAGUUUUCCAUCGCGUUAAAAAUGAACCAACCUCAAUGAAGUUCUCAGGAUGUAGUGAUUUAAAUAUAGGUUUUGACGAGCACACAUUUGGAACAUUAUUUUAUUUCGGUGGGUUAGUAGGAAAAUUGUUUCGGUCAAAUUAGUGCGCAUCAUGUGAAAAGAAAACACUAGAAUGACUUUUCAAAGCUGAAAACACGCGACAACGCCGAACAAGGGUUUAUAUCUUUUUGGAAUCGAUGUGUUAAUCAACAUUUACACCAGAAGUCUGAUAUCGCAUCCUGUUGGGGCGAGGGCGGAGCAUCUAAUCAUUCUGCCUUUUGGCUGGACUGCAACCACAGGGACUGGUCGAGGUUUUGACAGAGAUCUGCAAGUAAAAGUUACCGGAAAAUGUAUUGCAUCCGUCACCUGCAGGUGCUGACACUCUGGAUUAUCUGCAUCUCUGGGGCUGGUGCAGAUCUGACCUGUGACGCUUUGCUCCUGCUGGCGGGAAACUUGACGUUGCGCUCUUUGGCAUCAUGGAAUCUGACCACAACUUCAAGCAAUAUCACAGGUCUCUUCUGCAACAUGUCGAUAGACGGGAUAGGAACCUGCUGGCCCCGGAGCCGCGCGGGAGAGGUGGUGACGCGUCCCUGUCCGGAGUUCUUCUACGGAGUGCGGUACAACACUACAAACAACGUGUACAGGGAAUGCCUCUCAAAUGGGACCUGGGCGAUGAAGGGCAACUACUCGCAGUGCCAGGCCAUACUGAAUGAAGAGAAAAAGAGCAAGCUGCACUACCACAUAGCAGUGAUCAUAAACUACCUGGGCCACUGCAUCUCCCUCGGUGCCCUCCUGGUGGCCUUCAUCCUCUUCAUGCGCUUGAGGAGCAUCCGAUGCCUGCGGAACAUCAUUCACUGGAACCUGAUCACCGCCUUCAUCCUGCGCAACGCCACCUGGUUCGUCGUUCAGCUGACCAUGAACCCCAAGGUCCACGAGAGCAACGUGAUCUGGUGCCGGCUGGUCACAGCUGCUUACAAUUACUUCCACGUGACCAACUUUUUCUGGAUGUUUGGCGAGGGCUGCUACCUCCACACGGCCAUUGUCCUCACAUACUCCACAGACAAACUGCGCAAGUGGAUGUUCAUCUGCAUCGGCUGGUGCAUUCCUUUUCCAAUCAUUGUCGCGUGGGCCAUCGGCAAGCUGUACUAUGACAACGAGAAAUGCUGGUUUGGGAAGCGAGCAGGUGUUUACACAGACUACAUCUACCAGGGCCCAAUGAUCCUAGUUCUGUUGAUCAAUUUCAUUUUCCUCUUCAACAUCGUCAGAAUUCUCAUGACGAAGCUCAGAGCCUCAACCACAUCGGAGACGAUACAGUACAGGAAAGCUGUGAAGGCCACUCUAGUCCUGCUGCCUCUUCUGGGCAUCACCUACAUGUUGUUCUUUGUCAACCCCGGAGAAGAUGAAAUCUCACAGAUUGUAUUCAUAUAUUUCAACUCAUUUCUGGAGUCAUUUCAGGGCUUCUUCGUGUCUGUGUUUUACUGUUUCCUGAACAGUGAGGUGCGGUCGGCGGUGCGCAAAAGGUGGCACCGCUGGCAGGACAAGCACUCCAUCCGGGCGAGGGUGGCCCGGGCCAUGUCCAUCCCCACCUCACCCACCCGGGUCAGCUUUCACAGCAUCAAGCAGUCCUCCGCCUUGUGAGGGCCACAGAUGGUAUGCCGCCCGCCAGCCAGGGAGAAAACAGGGUACAUUCUCGUAACGUCUGUAGUAACGUGGAGACGCAGAAGAUUAAAAGAAGAGAGAGGAAAAGAGAACUGCAGAGACGAAAGGACAGGUGAAUGUUGGGGCCUCUCUUUUUCUGAGCACGCUGGCGGGUCCGCAUCACCGAAGCAAGACAGAUCACAAGUCAGGGAAAAAAAGACAAUUCCAAAAUGCUCUGAUCAUGGUAGUUUUAUUGAAAGGAUUAUUUUUUUUUGCCUGUUGUUUUAUGGCCAUCUGAUCUAUUGGAUUUACUCAGUUUUUGUCUCCCCCUUUGGGCAGUAUUGCAUUCUGACAUGGAUGAUCCCCUUCAAGCUACACCCCUAAACAACUUGACUGUGGCUAUAUACUAAGAGACUGAGACCAUAGUGCAAGGGAAGUUUUACAGACAAAAGUGAUAACAGCUUCUGUCCAUAAACCAAUGUUUUUUUUAUUUUUAAUUAUAUACUUCCCAUCAUUAAUAAGGAAUCAUUUAUAAGUUGAACCCACAUUAGCAUUGAACAGUGAAAACAACAUUUUAAGAACAUAGUGGAGAGCCAGCUGUUAAUGGUAAAAGUGAAGUAAUUCCCACUAUUUAUUCACCAGUUGUAAAGUAGACAUCAUAAUAUAUCACAUUAAAAUGCUAUACAUUCAGUAUUAACAUGCUAUAUACCAUAGACUACAGGAUGUUGCACAAAUGUCAGACUGUAAUGCUAUAAGUCAGAAUGUGGUGUUGGUACAGAAGGACACAGGUCCACCUCUUUGAGUGAGAGGUUACAAGAGGUGACCAUAUUGACCCCUCACUGCUUGGCAGAUUGGCACAGACAGCACAGCAACUGGACGAGGUACAGCAGGGAAAACAAAUGCAAUCAUGACUGCAUUGUUCAGGGACAGUCUUCUGACCCAUGGUCAAAUGAACUGUGAAAUCAUAUGUAUAUGUGCACAAGGCCUUCUCUUGCCGUUUAGUUUCUGCAAAGGAAAGCACUUCCUUUUUCCUGCCCUGGGUCAGUUCAGACCUCUCACUUCAUUCGCCUCGCUUUACCCCGGGAUUUGAUCGUCAUGCUCAGAGAAAGAUGCUGUGACCGGAGGGAGAGGAGAAAGAGCUGUGGUCUUACCAUCCGUAAUGAAUUUCAUGCCUGCUUAAUGUUAGGUUUGGAGGCACGUACAGUAUCAUAUGCAUCAAAACAGAUACUUUUGCACAACACCAUAACCUUCUCAAGUGAAUUUCUGUAACCAAGUGAAUGUCAUUUAACACACACAUGUGCAUACAUAUCUACACACACACACACACACACACACACACGCAUGCACACACGUUGUUGCAUUUUAGAAUUUAACAUUUCAGCUGGGUAGCACUGAGUGAUGGCUCCGUAUGAAUCAGAGGUUUAAUGACAUAAAGAAAGGCAUUAAUUCACAUUAAGCAGAUAAAGCAAAGAUUUGGCACAACCUCCUUCAUUAUGAUGCAAUUAGAACAUUUUCAGAACUUCUCCUCAGGUCCUUGCAAGACAUACUCAAUUUCAUCUUGAUGCCUGCAUGUCAGCUGCUGAGCAAUUUAUAUGCUAACUUUAUUUGUAGAAGGUGAGCUCAUGCACUUUGUCAGUACACUUUCCAGAUUGAAAAAGUCCCCUAUAUACAAUACAUCCAAUGGAUAAACUGAGUACACCUGAGAACCUGCAGGCAAGUAAAAGUGUUUCAUGCAGUCGCAAUUUUCCUGACAGUCAAUCCUCAGCCUCUGGCCCACAAACUGUUGUACCUCAGCAACAGGUUACCACUAUGUAUAUGCGAACCUGGGUGGCUUGUCUUUGGCAAAAUGUAAAAUGCGUUGAUUGCUAGAUAGGUAAACCCAAAGCAUUGACCCUUUCUCAAUUAGCGGUUGCUCUCUGUCUCUCUCCUUCCCUUUUUGAGGAAUGGCUCGAGUUGAAAGGUAUGUCAGUGUCGUUCGGUGGUCCAGAUCUCUGAGGUGGUUUUUUAAUUGGUCACUGUGAGCACCAGUUCGACAGAUUCAUUUGCACUCUGCACACCAGAUCCUCCAACACAGCUGAAACUGGAAACUGCAAUUAGCUCACAUACAUCCAAGUAAAUGAGGUUCCUGAUUAAGAAAGACAGACGUGGAGCUAUUUUAAACACUGCAUUUACCACAGAGGCAAGUCAUGCAAAGUUUUGCAAUGGUAGCUUUACUUCAGUGUUAUACAUGACAACUGCUGUAUUUUCUGUACAUUUCCAGCAUUAGUACAUACCCAUUACCCCAUCUUCUUUUAAUUUUUGUGGCUGUCCCUUUUCUUAUAUAAAUGUUUUAACUGGCAUGUUUUUGUGCCUGAAUAACUUACAAAACAUGUCAUUGCCUCCAGUUAAUGCUUCUUUAGAGGCAUAUUUGCAUGUCAAUGAAUAAAUUCAUUUAAAAUAAAUAAGAUAAAUUAAAUGGUUGAUGCAAGUUCCAUAUAAAAAUCCUACAAAGUGCAUUUCUGCUGUAAUGUCACAGUUGCCUUAUCUGUGAGCCUCUCAGAUAUUGUACUAAUGAAAUCCUCCCACAUGUUAAAAUUUUGCAUUAACCAAGUGACAGCUACAAAAAAUGCAAACAAGAAUAAUAAUGUACAAUUAUAAUGAAGAUAUUACAGAACACAUAAAAUAAAAUGAUAACAAUUAUAUUUUUUUUUCUUUCAGUUGUAUAAAGAUGACUCAUCUUCAAUGCCUAAACUCUAAAUUCACAUUUUCCGCAGAAGUCUAGUUUAUUAGAUGUAUUGGGUUAGUUUGAUUAAUUAGCUGGUGUCCGCUGGGAGCUGACAGCAAGGCAAAGGUGUACUGCAUCAUAGAAAUGCAUUUCCCACCAUCUGUAAAUCUUAUGUCCAUCAUUCCCCCUCUGACAGACAGAUUGUCAGACAGCUAAGGGGGUCAGCCCCAGGUGGCACUCCCUUCAGAGGAGACAGGGGAAGAAUAAACUGAUUAAUUACUGACAAAUUAAUUAGUUUAUUCUCAAUUAAACAGAUUCAUGUGAGAUAAUGACAGGGUUUGCCCAUAAUUCUGAAUGGCAUAAAUGCAUCACUGCAUUUUCGUGUUUUCUGAUGAACACUGUUAUUAAUAUAGGACAUGAGUUGUGGAGAAGGAGGAACAGCUUGUGUGAUACCCCUGGUGGACAUACUGAUAUGCCUUAAUAUAGGAUGCUUGAUUUAAAAACACCACUGAUGUCUCAGCUGAGGUGUACAGCAUGUGACUAAUUAAAUGGGAUUGUUGGGAAGAAUUCUUGGCUAUUUUGCCUCCACAUCAGAGAGAAUGUGUGACCAUAGGGGGAAGCCGAGGGUGGAAUGGGACCUCACAACCUCUCGAGAACAUGCCAUAUACAUAUUUAUGAAAGUGUUCAUGAAUAAAUAGAAAGAUAAAUCGUAAACAAUUAGAAGUAUAUAUUCAUGGUAGUCUUGCUUGUUCCCCCAGGCGCUAGCAUGCCUCUUUGAAAGCCUGAAAGAAAACAACAAACUCCUUCAUUAUUGUUAAUAUGACACAUCACGCUUUUUCUUUAGGAAGCAACCAUUUUCAGACUGCUUUGCCACUUGUGAUAGAUACAAAAUGAUUUUCACUCUGUUUGGUGUCAGGAAAGAUGCUUGGAAAGAUGAAGUGAAUCCUGACAAGUGACCACUUCUUCCACUUCCACUUCUUCAAAAAGAAUUGUAAAAUAGGUUUCCAUGUAACAGCCCGAGACUAUUUCACAAAUGGAAAGCACACCGUAAGGAACGCUACUGCAUUCAAUAAUCCUAAACAAAGACAUGCCAUGCAAUUAUUGUACCUCAUAGAGGUAAAGACAAAUCCAUCUUGCUGUUUGGAAUUGGAUGCCAAUCCAAGUGAUUUGUCCUGAAACAUUUAUGUUGACAUUCCUUGAUCCUUUUUUGGAGAGAAAAAUAAUCUCUUCUCUUUUCAGAGCAUGUAACUUCUUGUCAACUGUAGCCCCAUCGCUCAAAUGAAAGAGGAUUACAAGACAUUCAGUUGUAGACUGCUGAUGGUGAAAGUAAAAAGAAUUAUCCCUGUCAGCUCUAGGGUAAGAAAGGAAGGUAUUGUGUGCAGGGAAGACUUGAUGGAUACUUGCCUCAUUAUUGAACAGCACAGAAUUAUGGGUAGAACUGUGAAUGGGGAUGACAAGAGAGAAGAUGUAGGCCCGAUUGUUGCUGUGUCAAAAUAGACUGUCCUCCUAUUCUGUCAGCUGCCAGACUUAAAGACCAUCAUGCACUGCAGGGCUGUACCACAGAAGCUGCAUCAAAAGGCUAACUGUAAACUGCAAAACACCUUACCCGUUGGUAAUGUCCUCACCCGCCAGGGAUUCAAAAGCAAACUUUUUGUAAAACAAUCUAAUAAGUGGCUGCUAUGUAUUUCUGUGCAUUUACUAGCAACAGAAGCACAGCUUGGAGCUAAGUAUGUUCAGAGUCCCAGAGUAAACCACAUAUAUCACUCAUCAAAUCUUUGUGGAGUGUUUUGACUGGAUUCCAAACCAUAGAUUGUUCUUGUCAUAUAAACAUUGUCAAGGUCAUUAUUUAGAUGCAGCAGUAUUGAUUUGGGUGGGUUUAUAUUAAAUUUAAUCAUGUUUAUAGGCUAUUAUGUACAUCACUUACACAGAUGCUCAUUAAGCAUAUGAUUCAGUAUUCAUUCACGGUCUUGUGAUAAAAGCUAAUCAAUGUGAAUAGAAAGAGAUUUUUAUCAUUGAUAAAAAUGCAGUCAUUGUUCUGCGAAGGCAAAAUGUUAAAAUCCAAGUCCUGGCUCAAGUGCAACCUUAGUUCUGGACUGCAGUACCAUUUUGGGAAAUGACAAAUACUGGUAUUUCCAGAGUGUUUACGGAUAAGGAUAUGUAACUCUCCUCAAAGCUGAUGAAGGUGGAGAGAGAAGCACCUCAGCACUAAAUUUCCCAGGGGAGGCUGAGGUAAAAUAAAAUUUGUUUGUUUUACGUCAGCCUCCCCCUCUGUCUCAUUCCAUUGCCAGAGGAAUGAAGCAUUAAUUUGUUGAUGUCAUGACUUUAUUCAGACCUACCUGCAUGUGUAUCUUCUCUGUUACUUUUGGCAACACUGAUACCCUUCACCGUGAAAUAUCCAGCAUUUUAAUGAGUCUGUGCUGUUACAUAUACAUAUAUACAGUAAGACCUCUGAACAACUCUUCUUCUGCAAUUCUCUCUUUUUUAGAGAGAGAAUUCAAAUUUUCAGGAACAUAAUGGAAAAAGUAAUGAACUAUCCUUUGAAGGGGGUGUACCAUAACCACAGCAGAUGUGUUGUGAAUUCUGGUCAUGUGACCAAAAUAGGUUUCUGUCAGAUGUAUUGUAAUUGUAUUUGUCACUAUGCAGUUUGUUUGACAGUGACACACGCAAACUGAGUGUUAAUUAUCUUGUUUCUUAUUCCGUGUUCCAUUCGUGUUCCAUCGCAGAUAUGUCAUUGUGGUUGUCAAGACAACACUCCUUCUGUAUGAGCAGUGCCGCUUAUGAUGGGUAUUGCAUUAUUGUGUGGCACUCCAUUACAGUGAGAUAUAGCACCACUGUCAUUUUCCCUGCGCACUCCUUCAUGAGGCUUCAAACAUGUACAAGGCUAUAUCCAUAUCUCCCUGUGUAGCUACAUUAAUAAAACAAUGUCAAUUAGUGUUGCCUUUUCAGGCAUUUCUACUGCUAUUAUCUGUUGUGCUUGUGUAAAACUAAA